AUUCUGUGAGUCUUAGAUUGAGUCUGUAGGUUUGUCAGUCAGGGAUUAGAGUCUACGUGGUGAGGUUUGGAACCGUUAAUCCGGUUGUGCACUGACACCAUGGUUGAGACCCGUAGUGGGACGAGCACUAUCCCCUACACCCAGGAACAGCAAGAGAAGAUGACCGCCUUAGUGAGAGAAAACAAAGAGAGGAACGAGCUCCAGAAACAGGCGAACCUAAAGGCUAUUGCGGAGGAGCAGGCGGCAAAGAUGAAGAAACUAGAGGAGGAGAUGAAGAGAGUUCAGCAGGAGGAGGACGAGAGGAGAAAGGUGGUCGAAGAGGAAGCAGCAGCAGAAGAAGCAAAAGAGAGGAUGCGUAUUGAGAGUAGAGAGGGGAGCAGUGGCACGAAAAAGGAUGAAGAUUUAGAGAUGGAGAAAAAGAUCAGCGAGUGGGUUGCUAAUUUGUCAUUGGGGGAAGACGAGGAGGCGGAGUCUUAUGUGCCACAGGAUGAGAGAGAUGCGUUAGCCAGGGAUCUAAUGGCAAUGGAGGACCCCAUGGAACGGCGAGAAAGAGAAGAGGAGCAAAAGGUGGCAAAGGUGAAGGACUGUAGGCAAGAAGUGGAGGCCCAGGCAGACGACUCGGCCAAAUGGGAUAAGGUGUUGGGAUACUUGGAGGUGUUGAGCGCGGCUUGGAUGGAGGAGCGCCAAGCCAGUUGGAGUCAAGAGGUAGCCUUGAGUGCCAUGUGGUCGGGGUUUAGGGACUUUGCGCGCGAUAUGGUUACCCACGUUGGGGGAGAAGUUAGGAGGUUGAGAGACAACGUGAGGAAGUUUUGUGAGGGCGCUAUCGAGGGCGUCAAAGCGAUAGCCGCUGUAGAGGGCGAGGCCAGACCCCGCAAGGACCCGGUCAAGCUUAAGCUUCCAGAUGCGUACGGGGGAAAAAAGGAGGAGAACUUUGACAACUGGGAGGCCAAUGUCAAUAGUUACGUGUAUCUACAGCACAUCCUGAUAGAGGAACAAGUCCUCGUGGCCUUCCACGCCCUUAAGGAUGAGGCGGCUAGUUUUGCCAGGUCCCUUGCGCGAGCAGCCGGUUGUGAAAACAACCUGGUUGCCUACUCUCAAGUCAUCCCCCUUCCUCGGUUCUUCAAGCUCCUGAGGGAGCGAUUUGCGGAUCCAACGAGAGGCGUCAGGGCCUCUGACAGGUUACAGACGAUCCACUCGCGACAGUGGAGGAGUGCGGGAGCACUCAAGGGCGUUAUGGACGACUUGGUAGCCGUCCCAGACCAUGGGGUUAUUGAGCCCCAAUUGCACCGCGCGGAGUCCCAGCUAUGGCGCCAGGCAAGUCCACCGCUGCAGCCGAAACGGCACGCCUCAACGCCAUUGCACGCGACGUGGAGCAACGGCGCCGGCAGCACGCUGAAGCAGCUGCCAACCAUAACAAAGCUUGAAAAGAUGCCGCAUCUGUCCUCAUGCAGCAGGAAGCCGCUCAUACCGCCGCACUCCAAUCAUGGAAUGUUGAUCCGGGAGACUACGGAACCAACUGCGGAAGAGCAGACCAAGUCAGCUCUCGCCAACAUGACGCACCAAGUCAUCCUCACUUGUAAUUGGCAACAAGUGGAGCUGGCUCGGCAUGCACAUACCAUUGCUGAGUACGAGGAGACUCUCAAGAGCCUCCAUGCCCGCCUCGACGUGUUGGAGAAGGAUGACGUGCCGAACAGGCACACAGCGUUGUCAAGCAUUGAUCCAUCGAUCCGCGAGCUGGAAGAACGGAUGGAUCACCUAGUAGCGCUCAUCGGAAAUUUGUACAGUUUCCGGCAACCGGCGACCAUGAGCCAGCAAAUAGCCGCCCUACAAGCGGAUCUGUGUCAGCUGCAGCAGCAACCAACCGGGACUUGCAACAGUCUGACGUCUAAACAAUUCAAGAUGCCGAAGUUCAGCAUCGACAGAUUUGAUGACUACCACAAGGCGGACCCCAUAAGUUGGUGGCAAGGGUUCACCAACGAGCUCUCCAUUCACUUGGUCUCGCCAAAGUCGAAGAUAUCAGGGUUUUACCUCUGCAGCACCGGUGCCAGCCAAGUGUGGCUCAACCACCUGGCUCAAACCGAAGGCGUCCAUAUCGCUAAGCUUUACACCAAGAUCACUUGAGAGGCCAUGAUCGAGAAGUGGUGGAAACACUUCAUCGUCGACGACGCUGAAGGCAAAGGCGUGAACCGGAUUUUCAGCAUGCACCAAGGCAGCCAGCCAACACGCGAAUGGCUAACCGAAUGGUGGAAACUCGUGACGAUUCCGAAUCUGGACAUACUGUUCGUACAUCUUCGUCAUGAAUUCUUCCAGCGGUCAGUUGACGCGUUGAGCACGGCCCUUGGGGAGCGCAGCCUGUACACGGACUUUGACCAGAUCGUGGAUAAGGCGCGCGAAGUAAUCCAAACAAAUUGGUGGGCCGCCA